ACUAUAAUGAAACUUCUUCGCCCCCCCAGCCUCCAGAAGGUACCUCUGCAGGACCUACUGAUGCCCCCAUGGAGCCUGACCCCCCACUGGUCCAAACAGAACCCACUGAGGAUGAACACAUGACCCCACCAGAACCCAGAACCACAGGAGUUUGGUUCAAAGGUCAAAACAUUUUGUCAUCAACACUGAGCCCACAUGAGGAGGAGGCGGGGCAAAUUGAGGAGGCGGGGCAAGUAAAGGACACGGAGCUAACUGAGGAGGUGGGGCAAGUGAAGGGGGCGGAGUUAACUGAGGAGGUGGGGCAAGUGAAAGGGGCAGAGCUAACUGAGGAGGUGGGGCAAGUGAAAGGGGCAGAGCUAACUGAGGAGGUGGGGCAAGUGAAGGGGGAGGGGCUAAGGGAGGAGGCGGGGCAGAGGGAGGAGCCGGAGGAGAACGUCCUCAGGAAGGAGGAGCCUUGGGAGAACUUAGAGACCAAAUCAUCUGUUGGUUCUGGUUCUGGUUCAGUCCCAUCAGUCCUGUUCGUGUGUCUGACUGCAGUCCUGGGUCUCAGGUUGUGAGGGUCCCCUCUCUGGUUCCAGAGACCAGCUGCUUCACCUGAUCCCAGCAGAACCUAACAGGUGGUAAAACCCACCACAGACCCGUCAGAACCAGCCAAGU